GAAACGACAUUCCGAUUGCAGCAAGUGCGUGUACAAAGAUGGCGUCAAACACGUUAUGCAGAGUGUUGGGUCUCCUUGCUUUUGCAAGUAUUGCAUUAGCAGGAAAAAGAACAUUGAUUUUAGUCGACAACUGGGCCAUCAGAGAAACACAUUCAACGUUUUUCAGAACAUUAAGAGAUAUUGGAUUUGACCUGACAUUUAAACUCGCUGAUGAUGGGAGUUUGGCCCUUGUCAAAUAUGGUGAAUUCCUGUUCGACAAUCUCAUUAUCUUCUCUCCCUCUGUUGAAGAGUUUGGGGGCAACCUCGAUGUUGCUGCCAUCACAAGUUUCAUUGAUGGGGGAGGAAAUGUUCUCGUUGCUGCCAGCUCAGCCAUUGGUGACCCACUGCGAGAGCUUGCAACUGAAUGUGGUGUGGAGUUCGAUGAUGAGAGGACAGCCGUCAUUGACCAUCUCAACUACGACGUGUCUGACCAAGGCAAGCACACACUGAUUGUUGCCGACCCUGGUAAUCUCAUCGAGUCCCCCAUGAUCGUGGGUCCGAAGAAUCCUUCCCCUUUCCUCUACCGUGGCGUUGGGAUGCUGGCCGACCCCGAGAACCCCUUAGUGCUGAGUGUUCUCCAUGCAUCCUCCACAGCCUACAGCCACAACCCUGGCACCAAGAUAUCCGAGUUCCCCCAUGCUGUUGGCAAGAACACCCUCCUGGUAGCGGCCCUUCAGGCCAGGAACAAUGCUCGGGUUGUGUUCGUGGGAUCUCUCGACUUCUUCAGUGAUGAGUUCUUCCAGUCCCCUGUACAGAAGGCUAAUGGUGGCAACAAGUUUGAGAAGUCAGGCAACCAGGAGCUGGCUCUCAACAUGGCUCGUUGGGUGUUCAAGGAGAGGGGUGUUCUGAGAGUCGGCGCCGUCACCCACAAGAAGAAAGGGGAGAGUGUACCACCAGCGGCCUACACUGUCUUCGACAAAGUGAGGUACACGAUCCAGAUCGAGGAGUUGUCCGAGGGCAAGUGGCAGCCAUUCCAGGGAUCAGAUGUGCAGCUGGAGUUUGUCAGGAUUGACCCUUUCGUCCGCACUGGUCUGAAGAAGCAAAAUGGACUGUUCUAUGUUGACUUUAUUUUGCCCGACGUGUACGGAGUGUACCAGUUCCGUGUCGACUACAACCGCGUGGGAUACACCCAUCUCUUCAGCACAACACAGGUGUCUGUCCGGCCGUUACAGCACACCCAGUUUGAGCGGUUCAUCCCAGCAGCCUUUCCCUAUUACACCAGUGCCUUCUCAAUGAUGUUUGGAGUCUUUAUACUAAGUAUAGUGUUCCUACAUUUCAAGGAAGAACCUAAAGAGAAGAAAGAGUAGCAAGCAUUCCAACUUUUUUGGCAGUCAUCAAGAAUCAUUUACAGUUAUUGAAUGUAUGUGUUUUUGUCUUGAAUGAUGGAUGAUUGUUGAGGGGCUUGAAAUAUACCAACAUCUAUGUUUCUUGACUCCUUGUGUAUUAUUUGUUUUAACGAUAAAUAAAAACUCAUUUUACAUUUUA